GAAACUGGUCCAAAGAGGCCAAAGUCUACCAAAGUCUGCCGAGGCCACAAAUUGACUUUUCAGCUCCGCCCCCCUGGGGGCGCGGAUGGUGGGGCAGCCCGAGCUUGUCGUGGAUUAGCGAGAGCAUCGAGUGUAUCAGGGGCUGCUGCUCGAGAGCCGCUGUCAGGGCUGGCUGCCCUGCGCGCUGGGACGGUUGGGACGCUGGGGUCAAGCUGGCCAAAAGCCGUCGUCCCCCUCAAAGCCAGCGCUCGCCACUUCCAAACCACGCAUUCCCCUCCUCCAGCCGAAUCGCACCAUCUCCUUCUUUCCUACUGUCCCGAACCGUUUUCCUACUGUUGUUUCUCCAGUUCUCGCCUCCGCCUCCACCCAGCCUCUGCCACGCCACCAUCGCCCUCACUCACACCAUGCCCGACACCGCCGCCUUCCCCAUCCCCGAGGGCACCGCCCUGGCCAUGCCCUCGGUCGUCGAGGAGCGCCCAGAGGCCGAGGUAAUAGCCUCGCUCCUCAAGGACUCGGCCCGCGUGCCGGGCCCAAAGGCGCCGCAGAAGAAUGUGUGGUGCUACUGGCACGCCGGCUGGGCCGCCAUGCCGCCCUGGACCAAGCGCAACGUCAUCGCCUGGUCCCGCCGCCUGGCCCCGUCCGGCUGGACCGUCCGCGUGCUCGACGGCGUCCCCGGCUCGCCCAGCAACGCCAUCCGCUUCGUGCCCGCCCGCAUGCUGCCGCCCGCCCUGGUCGAGCGCCGCCUGGCCGGCCCAUACGCCGCCACCCACUCGGCCGACCUGAUCCGCCUGCCGCUGCUGUACAUCUUUGGCGGCGUCUGGAUGGACGUCGGCACCAUCCUGUUCGGCAACCUGGACGACAUCUGGGGGGACAUCGCUGACGUGUCCAGCCCGCGCAAGUUCUCGGCUUUUGUCUACGCCGUGCGCGGGCCCGACGCGCCCCUCUCCAUCGUCAACAACUUCCUGGCCUGCAACCGCGGCAACGGCAUGGUGCGCCGCUGGCACGACACCGUCAUCCGCGUCUGGGGCACCGCCGACCGCUGCGACGGCCUGUCGCAGCACCCGCUGCUGCGCCACCUGGCCCCCUACCCCAGCCCCGACGGCAAGGCCGACCCGCAAAAGAUAAUGGACUACGGCGUCCAGGUGUUCUGCCUCGAGCGCCUGCGCGAGCUCGUCGACCCCAAGGACCGCUGGGACGGCCCGGACUACUUUUCCAAGAACAUGCUGCUGCUGCCCGCCUCGUCCGAGAUGUGGCACUACAACAACCUGGCCGUCGACAAGGGCCGCAAGCAGUUCGAGCUCCUGUCGACCCGCCGCCCGGACGGCGGCCUGCUGCGCAAGGAGGAGCUCGAGAAGUCGGCGGCGGCCGAGUCCUUCGUGCAGGACGUGCUCGCCAACCGCUUCGUCAUGAAGCUCUGCCACGGGCUCAAGGACGUGCUGGACGAGCCGCUCACCAGCUCGUGGGACGACCCGCAGAACGACGGCGUCGAUUGCGCCCCGGGAACCUACGCCGAGUACCUGCGCUGGGGCAGCGUCCACCUUAAGCAGACUCGCAAGCUGGAGCCCGCCGUGCUGGAGCCGCUGACCACGGAGCCCUACAAGAUCGGGCUCUACGACCCGGUCCCGCGCGAGGGCGAGGUGGUCAAGACGCCCGAGGAGGAGGUGGCGGGCGUCAAGGUCAAGAUCACGGAGCCCGACGGCAGGAAACUGAGCGUCUUUGCGCCCUGCACUUAAAGAUGUUACGAAUGAGCACAUGUAACGUCCAAGAUACUGAUAGAUGAGCCCAGCCAGUCUGCCGGCCAUGUGUAAUUAUGUCGGUACGAGAUAGC